UUCUGGGAGAUCAUCUCUGACGAGCACGGCAUCGACCCCACCGGUGCCUACCAUGGCGACUCGGACCUGCAGCUGGAGCGCAUCAACGUGUACUACAAUGAGGCCUCCGGUGGCAAGUACGUGCCGCGCGCCAUUCUCGUGGACCUCGAGCCCGGCACCAUGGACUCUGUCCGCUCCGGACCUUUCGGACAGAUCUUCCGUCCGGACAACUUCGUCUUCGGACAAUCCGGAGCCGGCAACAACUGGGCCAAGGGACACUACACAGAGGGCGCUGAGCUCGUCGAUUCAGUUCUUGACGUAGUCCGCAAAGAAUCCGAAUCGUGCGAUUGCCUGCAGGGCUUCCAGCUCACACACUCCCUUGGUGGCGGUACCGGUUCCGGUAUGGGCACCCUCCUUAUCUCAAAGAUCCGUGAGGAAUACCCUGACAGAAUAAUGAACACAUACUCAGUCGUCCCCUCGCCCAAAGUAUCAGACACCGUAGUCGAACCCUACAACGCGACUCUCUCAGUGCACCAGCUCGUAGAAAACACAGACGAAACCUACUGCAUCGACAACGAGGCUUUAUAUGACAUCUGCUUCCGCACGCUCAAACUGUCCACACCCACCUAUGGUGAUCUCAACCACUUGGUAUCCCUCACAAUGUCCGGUGUCACUACCUGCCUCAGGUUCCCUGGUCAGUUGAACGCUGAUCUCCGCAAACUGGCUGUCAACAUGGUUCCUUUCCCUCGUCUCCACUUCUUCAUGCCCGGUUUCGCUCCUCUCACAUCCCGUGGAAGCAGACAAUACCGCGCCCUCACCGUGCCCGAGCUCACCCAACAGAUGUUCGACGCUAAGAACAUGAUGGCGGCGUGCGACCCGCGUCACGGCCGCUACCUCACCGUCGCCGCCAUCUUCCGUGGUCGCAUGUCCAUGAAGGAGGUCGACGAACAGAUGCUGAACAUCCAGAACAAGAACUCGUCGUACUUCGUUGAAUGGAUCCCCAAUAACGUUAAGACCGCCGUGUGCGACAUCCCGCCGCGUGGUCUCAAGAUGGCGGCCACGUUCAUCGGCAACUCCACCGCUAUCCAGGAGCUGUUCAAGCGCAUCUCUGAACAGUUCACCGCUAUGUUCAGGCGCAAGGCUUUCUUGCAUUGGUACACCGGCGAGGGCAUGGACGAGAUGGAGUUCACCGAGGCCGAGAGCAACAUGAACGACCUGGUGUCCGAGUACCAACAGUACCAGGAGGCCACCGCCGACGAGGACGCCGAGUUCGACGAAGAGCAAGAGCAGGAGAUCGAAGACCACCAUUAGAGGGAGGGGCCACGCCCGCAACUUAGUACAUGCCAUUAUAAUAAGAGUUACUUUUCGUUCGAGUAACAUUAUUGAACCCCGUACUGCGUCACGAGAUAAGCUUCCUAACGUUUUAACAGAUCGCACAACUAAACAAUGCCGGUCAUACUGUACGAAGUACAUUAUGCUAAUAA